CUCGAAGGAGGGCUCGAACCUCCGACCUUGUGGCUAACAGCCACGCUCUGGCCAUCUGAGCUAUUCCAGCCAUACUAUAUUUCUGCAUUAAAUGUUUUUAUUUUUCCCAAAAAUACCAAAAAUAAUUUCACUAGUACUUUCUCAGUAUCCAACAACAAAAUUCCAGAAAACAAACCAAUUAUUUGUUAUCAACAAUGGCAGAGGAGAAAGUCCCCACAGUUACUUCGGACGAAUCAUCACAAACAAGGCAAAGAAAGAAAAGGAAAUGGGAUCAGCCUGCAGAGUCAUUGGUUUCAGCUGGGUUUACAGUUCCUGGGAUUGUGCCAUUGGGUGUAAUUGGAUCUCUGGGUGGUGGGAUUACAGUUCCUGGUGCAACUCCUGUUUCAUCUGCUCUAUUGAUGAACCCACUUAUGGCUAGCUGUAGUAAUGUAACCCAGGUCAUUUCACCCCCUUUGAUACAGCAACAUAUUGCUGCUAUGGUCCCAAAGAUAGUUCAACCAAAGGUCCAAGAUGAGUUAAUAGCACGAGAAAUUGUAAUAAACGAGGCAGAGUCUACUGUUCGCUACAAGCUUACUAAGCGUCAAACACAAGAGGAGAUUCAGAGGUGCACUGGUGCUGUAGUGAUAACCAGAGGCAAGUAUCGUCCGCCAAAUGCACCUAGUGAUGGUGAAAAGCCAUUGUAUCUUCACAUCUCUGCUGGGGCUCAAUUAAAAGACAUGGCUGAGAGAAUUUUAGCUGUUGAUCGUGCAGCUGCCAUGGUGGAAGAAAUGCUGAAACCGGAUCAAAAUGUACAGGCAAUAAGUUCCACUCUUCAUCCAUUGAGCAAUGGAACAAAGGGCACUCAUGCACUGAGCAUGUCCAUAUUUUUGGGUUUUGAUGCAGACCCUUCAUUAAACAUUGCUGCUCGUAUUCGCGGCCCAAAUGACCAGUAUAUAAAUCACAUUAUGAAUGAAACAGGAGCUACGGUCAUCCUCAGAGGUCGUGGUUCAGGAAGUACUGGAAGCCUGCCUAUUGAAGAAGAACAACAGCAGCUGCAUUUAUUCUUGUCAAGCCACAGUUCUAAAAGUCUUGAAGAUGCUAGGCGUUUGUCAGAAAACCUUUUGGAUACCAUCAGCAUAGAGUGUGGUGUUUCCAGGGUUUCUUCUUCUAAGGUUUAUAGUGCUGUUCCACCACCACAGCAGGUAUACAGUGCUGUUCCCCCACCACAGCAGUUGUUGGCUGGAAUUCAGAAUUUUGUGAGUAAUUUAGAAGCAAGUACAAGCUCAACUGCUGGUUUGACCACUUCAACGACAAUGGUUGUUUCUCCAAUAUCUCCAGUUUCCUCAGUUAGGAUCGCUGGGAUCACUUCUGUCUUUCCUCAAGGGAAGACAUCUCAAUCUGGAGGGUUGUUAAACUGUGGUCAGUCUCAGGUAGACCCAGUUAGCCAUUCCCUGCCUAUGUUAUCUGGAGGAACAAGCUAUAGUGGAUAUUGUGGGAUAUAUCCUCAGGCCACACCUUUGCAACAAGUUGCUCUAGCACUUAGACAGUCAACUUGUCCUGUCAGUUCUACUGCUUCCCCCAUAAUAUCAGAACCAAAUGAAUCUAUGCUGCGCAAUUCCAACUUUGAGAAGGAGAAACGGCUUCCCCAAAGACGAAAGUUUCAGGAACUACCAAUUGGUUCAAAAGGUUUUGCAAAGCCCAUUCAGGUAUUUUCUCUGACCUUCUGUCGAGCUAACUUGCCGAUAGUGGACCUCUCUAUCGGACUAUUGGUUUGUAUUGUUUCAGGGCAUUUAUAUCUGGAGGUGCCACUGAAGAGGCCGCACUUAAGUGUUUAUCAUCAACUAAUUAUAGUUUCAUUCAUGCUGAUUAUUUUAGUGGAUUCUAUAUUUUCUGUUUUCUUAUUUGCUAUUCCAACAUUUGCUUUCUUGAUGAGCAGUCACAAUCCAUGUUUUUGAUGUUGGGGAACUCAUUUAUAGGAUGGACAGAGAAGUCACAGGCUAGCUCUUAUUAUUUUCGUAGGAUUCUGUGAAUUCAAAGAUGAGCAGUCACAUGUAGUUUGCUCCCAAAAUGUUUUGAGGUUCCAUGUCUAUUUUGAGUAGCUACAUAGCAAUUGCUACAGUUUGCAAGCCCCUAAAUAUUGUUUAGGAGGGAAGCUUAGUUUUAGGAAAUAAGUUCAUCUCAUAGUUACAGGAAGUACAAUUUUAUGUGAGGCGAGGGAGUUGUUAACAAUGAAAAGUGUUCUGUGCAUGAAAAUACUAUCACCUUAUAUUGAUUAAUGGACAUUCACAUUCGCUUUGUCAAGAAAACAAUUCUAAAUGAGCUCAUAACCUUUGCUAGAGAUGUAUUUCCUAGGUCCUAGCUUGUAUGAUUUGGUAGUCUUAAGAAUGUAGCUUUUUUUCUUUUAAGAAUUUCUUUUAGCUUAUCUUGCAUACAUACAUGCUGAAGAAGAAAAUUAACAGGGUUCAGAUGAGUGAUGGUUUUCAUUUUUUUCCGUCGAGCAUUUGCACUUCAUGAUGUGUUACUUUUCCUUUGGUUCCAUUUCUUUGGUUACAUUUUCUUGUGUGAUCCAUUUCCAGCUUAUGAUUCUGGAAAUGUACCUAUGCAUGUGUGUAUGUAUUUAUGCAUAUUUCUGAUAAAUGUGUUUUUUUUUUCCCCAGUGUUGCUUAUUAACUUUUAACUUUUAAGAUAUGUUAUCAACUUGAAUGCUUCUAUUAUCUACUGAAUUUAAGGUAGCUAGUGUUUUUUUUGUACUUUUUUUUCUUCUAACUCUGCAGGGUUCAGAACAUUUACAAGCAGCUCAAGUAUCAACAGAUGUGGAUGUUAGAAAUGUGUCAACUAUGCCAGCUCCAAAGAUGUUGCUAUCAACGGCAUCACGUGAGAUGCCACCUCCCCCGCCAAGAACCAUGGCUCCUCCACCUCCCCCACCAAGAACUAUGGCUCCUCCACCUCCCCCGCCAAAAUUUGCUUCAUCA